AUUCACGAGUGCAUCACAAUCUAAUUUUAAACAUCCCGAUAUUCCGAUCGGAGAAACCCUUGGCGAGCCGAGAACAUAACAGAAUAGAGUCCGACUGAAAAUGGAGGAUAACAGUGACAGUGGAAUGGAGCAAGAGCUACAAGUACAACUGCAUAAACUAUGCUGCAUCAAAUCACAGGAAACUCUAAACCACAUACUCUCCACUCUCUGGAAUACAAGGAAAACCGGUCUUCGCUCUCCCGAUAAAUCACAUUUUCAAUCCCUCCUCAACCUUUCUUCACCCUCCGAACUCCACCCUGUGUUGAUGUGCCUUCGCUGGCUUAUCAGAAAAUUCGUUUAUCUAAACAUGACCGGUGACGAUCUUCUCAAACUGCUUCCUGUUGAUCUUCCGCCACACCUGCAAACCAUUCUUCUACUUUCUUUCCGCAAUAAUGGAGAUCGCUGGAAGCAAGAUUUAUCUCAACAACUAGAUUUGUUGCCAAAGACAAUUGUUUCUUAUCAGGACAGAACAAAUGUCCAUCCAUCUUUUUCCUCCCCACCAUCUUCCUCGAUGUCAACGUCUCUGUGGCCACGUCAAGAAGAUGACUCUCUUGCCCAGCUGAAUUGCAGUGAUUUGGGAGUAUCAACACCACUUGUUACUGAUGUUAAUGUGUUCGGACUGCCUGCAUGCUUCCCAUGUGAUAUUGCUUCUUCUGAGAACUUGGUGCUUGAGGAAAACCUUCCUUACCUCAAAUCAAUGACGUGGACCAUGGAGAAUCGCGGCUUGUCCCCUGCAGAUAAAGUGGCUAUAAUCAGCCUUAAGCUGCAUGAUUAUAGCAAGUCUCCAUUAGGAGAAACAGAGGUUAAGUUUCAGCUUACAAGGGAUACACUUGAGGCUAUGCUGAGAUCAAUGACAUACAUCAGUGAUCAACUAAAUGCUGUUGGGACUUCUUCCAGGCCAGCAAACAAGAAACAAAGGCAAUAACUUGUUUUCUGGUCAUUGGCUUAUAAGUUAGGAUACUUAAUAAUAUUUAGAUAGUAUCUCAUACCUUUAAAAGAUGAAAGUGAAAAAUAGUGGUAACAGAGAACAUAGCUCUGGCAUACAUUGUCCCAUUUGACACGUUAAAAUUUGAUUUUACAAAAAAAUAUGAUUCUUUUAUGGAUGCUGUUGAAGCAAACUCCAUGCUUGUUGUAAACAGUUUUUCUCUCAUAAAGAUUUGUGCAAGUGAAGAUGUGUUUAAGAUGCUUUGUCUUUUACCAUUUUUGCGACAGUGUAAUAAAGUAAAAAAAAAUCAGGUAUUUUACCA